AUGUCGCCGCCUUAUCUGGCACCAGCUCGCCCUAACCACCAAACACGCAAGCGGACAAAGACUUUCACUGGCUGCUGGACCUGUAGGGCCCGCAAAAUAAAAUGUGACGAGGGCAAACCUACUUGUCGACAAUGCCGCGAUAAGCAGGUGACCUGCAACGGCUAUGCCAGCCGGCUCCAGUGGCUCACGCCCGAGAUCGCUGAUCUAGAGGGCCGCAUACUCAGUGUUUGUAGCGAGGCCCCUCUCCCGCAGGCUCUGAGACGUGAGAUUCCCCCAGAACCAUCAAAAAGUGUCCUGUCGUGGGGCCACAUAGACAAAAUCUUGCGUUACAUAGACACCAUUGAAACUCCGCCGCAUGCCAACUCAGACAACAUCGGUACCGCUAUAGUUCACAACUUUGGAGUUUUCAACGUUCAAGUCAACUCUCUUCCCCAACCCAUCAAUGCCCCAAGAGCAUCAUGUGACGAUGAUGCGCCUUCAAUAUCCCACCAUGCCCAGGGUAGUGACAAUGACAUAGACUGCAUGCCCAUAUCAGCUCCAUUUAUCGAUUCCUUUUCUUGCCCUACGUCCCUGGAGGAAGCUUCUGUUGCAUGGGAUCUAUGCAAUCUCUACUAUACGGAACCUCCCUUGCAACCGGAGAGAGUUGGUCCAAGCCAUUCUCCCGAUGUAGACACCAAUCUAUCACCUGUGGCCCUUACCAAUCAAUCGUAUAACCUACCGGAUGCGUCGAGAGAUACAAUAGACUUGGGAUUUGAUACCCAAGUCUCCGUGACUCAUGAAAAUGCUGAAGACAGCGCUCCAGAUACGUCUUGGUUCAUAAAUUGUCAUGCAUCUCUUCGUUGCCCGGAACCGUUCAUAGUACCAGUUCAGGAACGAUACCUUAUGGAUCACUACAAGAACCGCGUGGUAAAUCUCUUUUGCGUUGUCGACAACCGCAAGAGUCCUUGGAAGACGAUUCACCUCCCGCUUGUGCUCCAGUGUGUAGGUGAACUCAGCUUUGGCGGCAGUACCACCAGGAUUCGAAAUGCUUUGCGGUAUGCCCUCUAUUCUGUAAGUGCAUUUUAUCUAUUCAACGAAAAUAAAAACGCACUACGCGAGGAUGAGGCAAGCAAGUGGUUCAAUGCAGCCUCUCGAUAUCGCUGCGAUGCCAUCGGAUUACUCACAAACGCUGUUGAGGGUGAUCUAUACGGCAGCCAUCGACCACAUUACAAGGAGUUCCUGGCUACCAUGUUAUCCAUGGUCACAAUUAAUGUUAUGUCGGGAGAAACAAGCACCUGCGCUAUGCAUCUCAAUGGGGCCGAGCAGCUCAUUAAAUACAUGAGUGUUCGCAAGUCAAGAUUCUCCCGCAAAGCUCACGCUCUGCAUCGCAUCUACCUUUACCUCCGAGUCAUAUAUGAAUCAACCGCUCCAAGAACGAAGAGCCGAACUAACCCUCGGCUAUCGCCUCUUUUUGGCCCCCUUGGCACAAUGGGGCCGCAACCAGCGCCGGCCUCAACAGAAGGCUUCGGCUUUCCCAAGGAUGACGAUGAGGAAGAUCAAAGAUCAACAGAUGAGACAGCAACAUAUGAACGCAUUUACGGUAUUCCUCAAGCGCUCUUGCUGAUGCUAAAAGAAGCCAUUCAGGUCAUUGACAUGGUCGACGACGAGCGCGAAAACGGAAACGCUGGCGUUUCCGACUCUUUAACAGAUACGUGUGACAGGCUGGAGAGUAAGAUCCUCGACUGGCGUAUUGUAGAUGAAAGUCAAUCUGCCAACAGCAGUACCAACUCUAGGAUCAUCUAUCACCAGACGAAAGCUUUCCACAACGCCCUGAUCGUGUACUUUUCGCAGCACGUCCGUUUGCUAGGCCACCGCUAUCAGCGUCAGUACGUGACAGAGAUCCUGGAAAGCAUCGAAGAAAUUGAGAAGAUCAAAGCAGAGAUAAACAUUCUUGCAGCUCCCCUAUUCUGGCCUGCUUUUAUUGGUGCCACAGAAGCGUUUGAGCCGGUGAUGCAGGACAGAUUCAGAAAAUGGUAUGACGCCGCUUCAUUGUAUGGAUUGGCCGCUGUGAGGACUGGGACUGAGGUGAUCCAUAAAGUGUGGGAACAGGGCCCUUCGAACAGCAGGCGCUUACAAAGCUCUUGGAGAAAGAUUGUGGACGAGGGACAGCAUCUACUCAUGUUGACAUAG